AUGCCGGUCCCUUACGGCUUUGGCGUCGGUGACUUCGUUGCGGUUGGCACGCUUGCCUGGAACGUCUACAAAUCCUGCAAAGGAGCGCCCGAAAGCUUUGGCAAUAUCAGCGGCGAGGUGCUGUCUCUACAUGCAGUCAUUAAAGAGGCAGAAGAGACAGUGUUCGCCCAGCCUCUGUCACAGGAUAGACAGCAUCGGCUGCAAACGGUCAAAGAGGGAUGCAAUGACGUUCUCGUAGAUCUUGACAAGAUAGUGAAGAAGUAUGAGAGCCUCGGCACUCAGAGUAAACGGACUUGGGAUCGAAUGCGAUAUGGCAAUGAGGAUAUCGCAGAGAUACGUGCUCGCCUCAUCUCUCACACCACAAUGCUCGGCACCUUUGUCGCCACAUGUCAGGCGAGAGUUGAACAGAAACUUGACAAAUUGCUCGAUGAAUUCCGAAACGGGAAACGAGAAGGUUCCAUUGUAUCGAAUCAUACGGUCGAUAGUCUAACAGCUGACGAUCAAGCCGUGUGGAGGGAGAUCAGAAAGAACCUCGAGGAUAUCGGCGUUUCUGUGGCCGCUUUCAAUGCCAAUCGCGAUUUCAUCCUCAACUGGUUCGUCAGCAAAGUGGAAUCUGGGGAGUUUGAGGAGCGCGAUGAUGAAAAUACUUCUGAUGGGCAGAGCCUGAAGUCUGUUGAACCAAUUGAUGAGAGUGCGCAUAGCCAAAGCUUUUCAGAUUCGUCCUCUGCCAUUUCGUCCAUGCUCCACUUAGGAUCGUUACCAAAGAGUGAAGAGCCCGACAAUGUUGGCACAAAGCCUAACACUAACACUAACGGCUCUUCUGCUCGCCAGCGUAGACCUAGCUCACAAACUCGGAAUAAGGAAAAGACACCCUUACCUAGCAAUACUUCAGGCGCCAUCGCUGGAAAGACGCGAGCCUCAGCCAUUAGUGUUUUGGCCGCACGGUUGACUCGACCCAAAGCACGCCUACAACAGAACGUGAUGAAUGAUAAUGCGAGAGGGAUUGCGAACAUUCUGGACUCAUCUGCUAUGCGUGCUUCUAUCGACGACCGUGACCUCAGCGAGGCGCUCUGCCAAGCGGCCAGCUACGGUUAUCGCGAGCCGAUGAUUGCUCUUCUGGAUCGAGAUGUCUCGGCUAAUAGCACUUGGGCUCAGAGUAACGCUUUGACCUGUGCCGCAAUGUAUGGACAUACUGAAGCUGUCAAGCUCUUGAUAGACAAAGGAGCGGAUGCGAAUAAUAUCGUUGAUGUCGACUCUGCUUACAUUGGCAUAACUGAUGGAAUAUUGCUCCGAACCCAGACUUGCUCCGCUCUAGGAUUGAUCAUUUCGUGGGGAAUGCAUCACCCCUCGUCUCGGGAGAUCUUGCAAAUGUUGUUGUCUGCUGGUGCAGAUCCAAACCAUAAAAUCUGGGCAGCAGAUGAAAAACACUAUGUGACGCACAUACACGAGGCUGCCGCAACAGAUAACGACAAUCCAGUUGAAUUGUUGCAUAUGUACGGUGCGGACAUCAAUGCUGACUCUUCAUUUGGAAGUCCUCUCAUGGUGGCUGCUAUAUAUAGAAACAAUGAGGGUGCAAGAAAAUUGAUAGAGCUUGGUGCCGAUCUAGAUUUCCGUUCCAAGGAUUCGUGCCUGGACAUGGUCAACACCCCGCUGGCGGGCUCGUGCUUAUACAAAAUUAAAACCCCACUGACGGCUGCGGUCUUUGGUGGGAGUGUCGAACUUGUGAAGUUCUUCUUAUUUGAGAAAAGAGUCGAGCCAACGUCGGACGCAGUUGACCUUGCGUACCGCUUCCGUGACCGCUCUAUUAAGCCUCAGGGCUUUUGUCCUUGGUCAAAGAAUCGACCACUGAAAGAUACAGAGCCCUAUGACGUGAUAUUAUCACUACUUAACAACAGGCAGUCAGCAAAAUAA